CAUAUCGCCUUCGCUCUCCCGGUGAGGCUGAAGGUGACAGAAGGAGGGUGAAGCGGGCGAAGGUGCCGGCCCCCGGUCAUCCCGGAGCUUCCGUCCGCCCUCCCUCCCUCCAUUCCGCCCUCCAUCCGGGGCCCCGCCGUGCAAGAUGCUGGCGGCGCGCCGGUUGGCUCGGGGGUCGCUCCCCGGGGGCGCCCUGAGGGGAUUCUCGGCACAGGCGGCCGCGCCCAAGAAGACGACAUUUGGGUCGCUGAAGGACGAGGACCGCAUCUUCACCAACCUCUACGGCCGCCACGACUGGAGGCUUAAAGGGGCGCUGAGGCGCGGCGACUGGUACAAGACGAAGGAGAUCCUGCUGAAGGGGCCCGACUGGAUCCUCGGGGAGGUCAAGGCCUCGGGCCUGCGGGGCCGCGGCGGGGCCGGCUUCCCCACGGGCCUCAAGUGGAGCUUCAUGAACAAGCCUUCGGACGGCAGACCCAAAUACCUGGUGGUGAACGCGGAUGAGGGGGAGCCGGGCACCUGCAAGGACCGCGAGAUCCUGCGCCACGACCCCCACAAGCUGGUGGAGGGCUGCCUGGUCGGGGGCCGCGCCAUGGGGGCCCGCGCGGCCUACAUCUACGUCCGCGGGGAGUUCUACAACGAGGCCUCCAACCUGCAGGUGGCCAUCCGCGAGGCCUACGAGGCCGGCCUGCUGGGCCGGGACGCCUGCGGCUCGGGCUACGACUUCGACGUGUUCGUGGUGCGAGGCGCCGGGGCCUACAUCUGCGGCGAGGAGACGGCCCUCAUCGAGUCCAUCGAGGGCAAGCAGGGCAAGCCCCGCCUCAAGCCGCCCUUCCCCGCCGACGUGGGCGUGUUCGGCUGCCCCACCACGGUGGCCAACGUGGAGACGGUGGCCGUGUCCCCCACGAUCUGCCGCCGGGGCGGGGCCUGGUUCGCCGGCUUCGGGCGGGAGCGCAACUCCGGCACCAAGCUGUUCAACAUCUCGGGCCACGUGCGCCACCCGUGCACCGUCGAGGAGGAGAUGUCCGUGCCCCUCAAGGAGCUCAUCGAGAAGCACGCCGGCGGGGUGACGGGCGGCUGGGACAACCUGCUGGCGGUCAUCCCCGGGGGCUCCUCCACCCCGCUGAUCCCCAAGGCCGUGUGCGAGACCGUGCCGAUGGACUUCGACGGGCUGGUGCAGGCGCAGAGCGGGCUGGGCACGGCCGCCGUCAUCGUCAUGGACCGAUCGACGGACGUCGUGAAGGCCAUCGCCCGUCUCAUUGAGUUCUACAAGCACGAGAGCUGCGGGCAGUGCACGCCCUGCCGCGAGGGCGUGGACUGGAUGAACAAAGUGAUGUGGCGCUUCGUGAAGGGGGAGGCCCGGGCGGCGGAGAUCGACUCGCUGUGGGAGAUCAGCAAGCAGAUCGAGGGGCACACCAUCUGCGCCCUGGGCGACGGUGCCGCCUGGCCCGUCCAGGGCCUGAUCCGCCACUUCAGACCGGAGCUGGAGCGGCGAUUCCAGCGCUUCGAGGAGCAGCACGGAGCCCGCCAGGCCGCCGCCUGACACCCCCCGCGCCGCCCCACCAAAUCCACACACUCCCCUCCUCCCCCCGCGAGUAAAGUUACUGCCGUCCGGCCCGGGCGGCCGCCGUUUCCCCGCGUCCCGUCCGCCCCCCGGCCGGAUCCUGCUCUGAUUUCUGAUUAAAUUCAUUCGUUCGGUCGUA